AUGGGCUUGGCUUGGCAUUUCUGGAUUUGCUGUAUCAUCCAAUCACAAGCCCAGAGAUGCCCAGCGGUGGGCACCAGUAUGGGCAUUUGUGUGGAAGAAUGUGAAACCAACCUGGAUUGCGAAGCGGUAGGCAAAGCUGAUCACCUUUGUUGUUCUAAUGGCUGUGGGCAUACCUGUAUGCAGCCAGAAGGGGCACCCAAGAAGGUGAUAGAGAGACCUUUUGAGCUUGUCGCAGUCUUGCGGAAGCCAGUCUUCUCAGAGGUGACCAAAUCGCUGCCGCAUCCAACGCUGUCCGUCUCUGAGUUGCGCUCCGUGAAAAUGCUGACCGUGAAGUAUGCGAGUGACCAAAGGGACGCAGCUUGCAGGGCGUUCGGCCAGCUGCAAUCCCACCCCGAGGUUUCUUCGGCAGAAUGGGGCUCUGUCGUUCCAAAAUGUGCAGCGAUUGAGCUUUGA